AUGGAGACCAAAGCCGACGAUUCAGACACAGACGACAGCAGACCUGUCUCCAGUACAUCGUAUUCUCUUGCACUACCACCGCGAGCCCUGCAGACCGGAUGCGAGGAGAAGGAGGCGGACUUCAAAAGCUGGGCUCUCAAUCCAUCAAUGGAGACCGUUUUCAACUUCUCCUACGUCAAUCGCCGUUCAUGGAGAGGGCCACCGAGGAAUGAUUCGGUAUGGGCGACGCAGGAUGAGACGGAGAUUCCAGUUGUGCUGCCGCACUACAAGCGGGCAUCGACCCCGGGAAUGCCAGUACCUGUGGAAGAAGGCUCAGGAAUGAGUGUCUGGCGAGAAAGAAUGUUUGUCUUUACAGUCUGCCUCGCGCAACUCUUCUCGCUGGCAGGCCUAGCCCAGUCGAUUGCACCGCUUCUGGUGAUAUCGGAUUCGUUCGGCGUGAACGAUCCUGGAAAGAUGAGCUGGUAAGUUACAAUGCCACUGGCUGAGUAGAGGGCAACCUGACGGUCGUGUUUGGCAGGUAUACUGCUGCAUACUCGAUGACCUUGGGGACUUUCAUCCUUCCCGCUGGCCGCCUCGGCGACAUGUUUGGCCACAGGCGGAUGUUCAUCAUCGGGUGGGUCUGGUUUGGCGUAUGCUCAAUAAUCUGUGGAUUCAGCUUCCUCGGCGGACCGAUCAUGUUGAGUACAUGCCGCGGACUGCAAGGCAUUGGACCAGCCUUACUGGUGCCAAACGGGAUUGCGUUACUCGGACGAACAUUCCCAAUCGGCAUGAAGCGUGCCAUGGCCAUUGCUGUCUUUGGAGGUUGCGGUCCAGUCGGCUUUGUCAUAGGCACCGUGUUCUCUUCCAUCUUUGCGCAGCUCCUCUGGUGGCCAUGGGCGUUCUGGACCACGGCAAUCGCCUGUGCGUUUGCUUGUGGGCUGAGUUACUUCGCCAUACCGGAAGACAUUGCGAGGACACCGCUACCUGGUGCACUGCCGGAAUCCCGCAACCAAUUUGACUUGCUGGGAUCUGUCACGGGAGUGACAGGUCUGCUACUAAUCAACUUCGCGUUGAACGAAGCACCAUGCGAAGGCUGGGACGUGGCGUACAUUCCGGUCUUGCUCGGAAUUGGAGUCCUGCUCAUGGUUGCCUUCGUCUACGUGGAGCUCUGCGUAGCAGCAAGGCCAAUUGUACCACUGAGAGGUCUCCACCGAGACGCAGCCUUCACAUUGGCCUGCAUUGCUGCAGGAUGGGCUAGCCACGGCAUCUGGAGUUACUACUUCUUCCUGUUUCUUCAAGAAAUCAGGAACCACACUCCUCUGCUGACAGCCGCGGAAUGGUGUCCGGUGGCGCCUGUUGGCUUUUGCGCUGCCCUCGCUGUUCCAGCCCUUUUGACGAAGAUCAGGGUUCCAUGGGUAAGGCAGAGCACUCGGCGACGGUCGUUCAGAAAAGCUAACAAAGCUUGCAGCUCAUGAGUGCCGCGAUGCUUGUCUUCACGCUCUCCAUCGCCCUCCUACUCACUGCGCCUCCAAGCCAGACAUACUGGGCCAACACCUUCGUCUCGAUUUUGAUAGCUCCAUUCGCCAUGAACUGGAGUUUCCCAUCGGCCACCAUCCUGAUGUCAAACGCAGUUGCGAAGCAUCAUCAGGGCAUAGCUGCAUCGCUUGUAGCGACGGUAAGCUCUCCCUUCUGAUUCUGAUUCUUUGCAUGCUGACUGGCUCUAGAUGGUCAACUAUUCCAUAGCCACAGGCCUCGGGAUUGCAGGUACUAUCGCGCGAUAUACCACUCCUACACAGGGAGUUCUUGGGGGAUACAGAGACGCAUGGUGGCUUGGUCUGGCCUUCGGACUAGCUGGUUUUGCGAUUAGUCUUUAUUUUAUCUGCCAAUCGCGAGCGCGGUCUCAGGCGAUUCGGAAGUGA